AUGGCACCGUCCGAGCUGCACAAGCUGAGCUACUGGGAAGAAGUGUAUCAGGGCGAGAAGGAAAACUACGAGGAGGCGAAUAUCCAGCCGGAGGAAUGGUUCGAAGAAAACUGCGACAAAAUUAUAAACUGGGUGAGCAAUCACUUUAGCCAACAAGAGAGAACAAAACAAGUCGCCAUUCUUGACGUCGGGUGCGGAAAUGGGUUAUUCCUGCAGAAACUGCGUGAAAGAGGAUUCGACAAUUUAUGCGGCUUCGAUUUUUCCGCCAGCGCCAUUGAGCUGGCUAAGAAGCUCUUCCGGGGACGCGACGGGGACAGCCGUAUGAAUCGUGGCGGAGAUCCCACCGACGUCUAUGUGCAAGUGCUAGACAUUUAUAACAUCGGAGCCGAAGUUGGAAAAGACUCAAAACUGAAAAAAAAAUACAAACUGAUAAACGACAAAGGAACGUUUGAUAUAUUUUUCAUGAAUGACAAAGCACAAGAAUAUUUGACGCAUGUAUCUUUUUUUUUCCAAGUGGAUACACUUUUCUGCCUUACAUCCUGUAAUGCUUGCAAGGAGGAGUUACUAACCAUCGUUAGCAAUUUUAAUCGGACGAAUGCGGAAUUUCGGUUGACCCUUUUCGAUGAGAUACGUUACGAAACUAUAACCUUUGGGGGGCUGAAAGGACAGAUAAUCACCACUUUGAUUUUUGCAUGUUCGUAA